AUGGGAGAAGGGUGGAGGAAGCGUGAGGAGAAUGUUUCGCUGAAGAAGGUGGGAUGGUACGGGAUGGGAGAAGGGUGGAGGAAGCGAUGGGGAGAAUGUUUCGUUGAAGGAGGUAGAGAUGGUACGUACGGGGUCGGAGAAGGGUGGAGGAAGCGAGAGGAGAAUGUUUCGCUGAAGGAGGGAGGUAGAGAUGGUACGGGAUGGGAGAAGAGUGGAGGAGGCGAGGGGGGAUGUUUCGUUGAAGGAGGGUGGGAUGGUACGGGAUGGGAGAAGAGUGGAGGAGGCGAGGGGGAAUGUUUCGUUGAAGGAGGUAGAGAUGGUACGGGAUGGGAGAAGAGUGGAGGAGGCGAGGGGGAAUGUUUCGUUGAAGGAGGGUUGGAUGGUACGGGGUGGGAGAAGAGUGGAGAAAGCGAGAGGAGAAUGUUUCGUUGA